AUGGCACCCCUAGUUGAAAAUGGUAAAAGAAAGGCUUCUGAAGAUGAUUCCUCAUCUCGAUCGAAGAAGGCACGCACUGAGUCGCCAGCCUUAGACGAUGUCACGAAACAUGAAGACUCCGAUUCCGACCCUCCUAUAACCCCGACGCCAGUGACCUUUCCUGACAAACCAGCCGUUGCGGAAGAGAAGGCGGGUAUCGUUGAGUUCCGAGUGGUUAACAAUGACAACUCGCGAGAGCACAAUAUUAUAUUAACUGGACUGAAAUGUAUCUUUCAGAAACAACUUCCUAAGAUGCCAAAAGAUUACAUUGCACGACUGGUCUAUGACAAAACCCAUCUUUCCAUUGCGAUCAUGAAACAUCCGCUUGAAGUCGUGGGGGGGAUCACAUACAGACCUUUCAACUCUCGCAAAUUCGCAGAGAUUGUCUUCUGCGCAGUUUCCUCGGACCAGCAGGUCAAGGGUUAUGGAGCCCACAUUAUGUCACACCUAAAGGACUAUGUCAAAGCCACUUCGCCCAUCAUGUAUUUCUUGACGUACGCCGACAAUUAUGCUAUUGGCUACUUUAAGAAGCAAGGCUUUACGAAAGAGAUCACGUUGGAGAAGUCGAUCUGGAUGGGUUACAUCAAAGACUACGAAGGUGGAACGAUCAUGCAGUGCAGCAUGCUGCCGAAGAUCCGAUAUCUAGAGGCCCCGAGGAUGUUGCAGAAACAGAAAGAGGCCGUGAUGGCCAAAAUUCGAGCAGUCAGCAAGUCACAUAUCGUCCACGCUCCGCCUGCGCAAUGGAAAAACGGAAUUGUCGAAAUUGAUCCCAUGUUGAUCCCGGCGAUCAAAGAGUCUGGAUGGUCACCAUCGAUGGACGAGCUGUCACGACAGCCUCGCCAUGGACCGAAUUACAAUCAGCUUCUUCACCUUUUGAACGAUAUGCAAAAUCACACGGCAGCCUGGCCGUUUGCCCAACCAGUCAAUAAGGAUGAGGUGCCAGAUUACUAUGAGGUAAUCAAAGAGCCCAUGGACCUGUCGACAAUGGAGGAGCGACUGCAAAAUGAUCUUUAUCCUCGACCAGAGGACUUUGUCAAGGAUGCGAAGCUGAUAUUCGAUAAUUGCCGUCGGUACAACAACGAGACGACACCAUAUGCGAAGAGUGCGAACAAGCUGGAGAAGUUCAUGUGGCAGCAAAUCAAGAACAUCCCGGAGUGGUCGAUUAGGAUUCUGCUGGAUCAGUAA